ACAGAUACAAACUCGAAACAAGAAUUUAGAAGGGGAUCGAGGGGCAGCAACGGCUAUGGCGAUGGAUGGUAAAAUUCUGCAUGUACUUAUCGCAGUUCUAGGACUUUGGGCAUGUCAAGCCUGGUCCCGGACACUCCACGAAGCAUCGAUGUUAGAGCAGCACGAGAAGUGGAUGGUUCAGUUCGGGCGUGUCUAUGCAGAUGAGGCAGAGAAGGAGAGGCGGUUCGCAAUAUUCAAGACCAAUGUCGAGUACAUAGAGAUGUUCAACCGAGAUGGACCCAAGACUUACCAGCUGGGGAUCAAUGGGUUUGCUGACCUAACGAACGAGGAGUUUCGGGCUACUCGGAACGGUUACAAACACAUCUUUCAUCCAGGGUCGUCCAGGACAUCAUCAUUUAGACAUGAGAAUACGUCGGUUCCUUCCAGCAUGGAUUGGAGACAGAAAGGAGCUGUCACACCCAUCAAGGACCAAGGCCAAUGCGGAUGUUGUUGGGCAUUCUCCGCGGUGGCAGCUACCGAGGGGAUUCACCAGCUCAGUACCGGGAAACUGAUCUCAUUGUCCGAGCAAGAGUUGGUGGACUGUGACACUGGAGGAGAGGAUCAAGGUUGUGAGGGCGGUCUCAUGGACAAUGCCUUCAAAUUCAUCAUUCAUAACCACGGCCUCACGACGGAAGCGAAAUACCCCUAUCAGGCAGCUGACAGCACUUGUAAUGCCGACAAAGCAUCCUCACAUGUGGCAACGAUCACCGGCUAUGAGGAUGUGCCUGCCAACAGCGAGUCCGCUCUGCUAAAGGCAGUGGCCAAUCAGCCAGUUUCAGUUGCCAUCGAUGCUAGUGGGUCUGACUUCCAAUUCUAUUCCGGUGGUGUAUUCACAGGAGAAUGUGGAACCGAGUUGGAUCAUGGGGUGACCGCAGUUGGGUAUGGGACAGAUGAUGACGGUACCAAGUACUGGCUAGUAAAGAACUCAUGGGGUACCAGCUGGGGAGAGAAGGGGUAUAUCAGGAUGCAGAGAGAUGUCGAUGCCGAUGAAGGGUUGUGUGGUAUUGCCAUGCAGUCAUCCUAUCCGACUGCUUGAUUGUCUUGUCGAGGGUGGAACUUGGAAGGCUUAUUCCCGCAAUAUCUCGUCGCGGUUUUCAUUACAUGUUUCUGUCUUCAUCUUCCAUUCCGCGGGAUGUUUGUUUCGUUUGAAUGUUGUACAAAAGCAUGUUACUUUCUGGUGUGAAGAUAUACAAACUGCAAAUCAAUUAAUGUGGCUUUUCUUCACUUGUUAUCAUAAAUAUACUCAGUGUUCCCAAUGGCGCAUUAUAUAAUUUCCAGAAAUAAGUAUUGACGUAUUGACCAA